CGUGCGCACUGUGUCUGGGCGGCCGGCGUACAAGAUGGCGGCAGCGUGCGGGCUGAGUGCGGCUCCAUUUAAAUAGGAGAAGCCGGCGGAGUCACUGAGUCAGGCCGGGGGAGAGAGUGAGGAGUGUGUGCGUGUGGCCGCGGCUGGAUGGAGAGCGCCCGUACUUUCCUCUGUUGAGGAAUAUAAUCGGCGGUAUCUCCGGAGCUGGGCUCUUUCUCUCCCACCCCCCUCCGGGGUUGGUGCGGGUUACAGUGGCCUGGCGCCUGCCUCUCUCCCUCUCCCUCUGUCCCUCCGGAUUGUCGGCGGCGGUCACCCGGCCGAGCCAGAUGAUGAAGAUUAAGCACAACCAGACGCGCACGUACGAUGGCGAGGGCUACAAGAAGCGGGCGGCGUGUCUCUGCUUCAAGAACGAGUGUGAGGAGGAGGUGCUGCUAGUCAGUAGCAGUCGACAUCCAGACCAAUGGAUUGUUCCAGGUGGAGGAAUGGAGCCUGAUGAAGAGCCAGGUAGUGCAGCAGUGAGGGAAGUGUAUGAAGAGGCUGGUGUGAAAGGAAAAUUGGGAAGAUUACUAGGAAUAUUUGAGAAUCGUGACCGAAAACACAGAACCUAUGUGUAUGUUCUCAUAGUGACAGAAAUUCUGGAAGAUUGGGAGGAUUCUGUUAAUAUUGGAAGGAAAAGGGAAUGGUUUAAAGUUGAAGAUGCAAUUGAAGUCUUGCAGCGUCAUAAGCCGGUACAUGCUGAAUACUUGAAAAAGCUGAAACUAGGCAACUCCAACACGAAUGGAAACUCUCUGGUCGUCUCCAAUUCAGUUGACACAACUACUGUUUAUGUAACCAGUUCCCAACCUUCAGGGAUGUCGUCUGACCUCAGAUGAAACGUACAUUCACAUGUGGCCUUCCUGCUCAUGUGCAGUCACGGAGUAAAUUGCAUUCUGUUUAAGGCAGAAUGGUCUAGGUUUAGAUUGUAUAUGUAUAAAUACUUUUGCAUGAGUACUUGCAGUGUUGAUAUGAAACUUUUUGAUGAUGUAAAAUAGUGUUGAAAACCAAAGCCAUACACUGAUUUAUGUUAGCAUUAUUUUGUUAGAGAUGCCUUGCAGGCCACUAACUGUUUUAAGUUUGCAUUAUAUACAAAGGAUAUAUUUAAUCCUACUUCAAUUUUACCAUGAAUAGCAUGCCACAGAUGUGAAAAUGAUUUUCUAUAUUGGUGUUUUACAAUGGCAGUGUAGUAUCUGAUUACUUUCCACAUCAAAAUUGAGAAACAUUUAAAUGAAUACUUGGACAUCCUAUUAGAAAGCCUGAUUGCUCAGCUAUUUCAUCAUUAAAUCUUGAAGUAUGAAUUGCCCUUAACAAAUUGUUUGGGUAAUUGAAUAGAAGCUUCUUUUCAAAAUUGAUCAUUUUUAAAUGGUAUUAAUUAAAAUGUUUAUCUUCUGAUUGCUGCAUCAGAUCACUUUUCCAUGUCCCUUUUCUCUGAAUUACUGAUGUUAAAUAUUGUUCCUUCUCAACCCCACCCACAAUACUCAAAAUUCCAACACCAAAUAAAAUAUACUGCCAAUUUGGCUUUUGCACUUAAUUUAUAGAUUUUUCCAUGCCCUGUACAUUUUUUCCCCUUUUCUUGAUUUUGCCCUUUUAAUUGUUCUUGUACUCUUUGAAAUUUCAAAGUGUCAUCCCAUACUUGAGUUGCCUAUCUUGCUCUACAGUUGGAGUUUACAAACAUAUUGGACUCCCUCUUUUUUUAAAAAAAACUGCUGACAUUCUUCUGGAGAAUGGAAGCAGAAGCAGAAUCAUAUCUACUUUUAAUAUUGCCUGUGCCAAACUGAACUGAUUCACGCAGAUUUGUUUGAGCAGUUCAAAUCCAUUCACUUCUAUGUGUUGGUUGCCUGGAUCUGUUUUGUUUCCAAGUUUGUUUGACUUAAAUGUCUAUACCUUGCUGAUGGAGGAUUAUUUUGAAUGAAGUAACACUCCAGGGGACUUUAGUUUGUGACUGCCCCUCAACUGAAAUUUUAUAAGACAGUUUAGCAAGAUUUGAGAUUUUUAAAAUUGCAAUUAAGAUUAAUUUUGCAUUUUAACUUUAGGCAGGAACUGGAAGUGGUGAUGGGUUUAUCUUUGCUUUAUAUGGGUUCUUAAGUAUCCAGCCUUUUUUAUUAAUUGAUUCUUGCUCUGCUGGCUAUAUGAAUUCUAUGUGAAAGUUUUUUUUAAAUUAAAGACCACAGUGCAAAACUAUUUUGACAAUACUUGUUUGCCAGUAUGAAACCUGCUGUACUUGAACCUACUGUAUUUGGAGGUGCUCCUUUUUAAACCUAGAAUGUUGAGGUUGUUGAACUCCAAGUCUUUGUAACUUUUUUUUUGAUCAGAAGUACUCUAUCCCAAUCUCUUAAUUCCUGCUCAGAGGCCUCUCCCCACCUUUUUAAAAUGUGGUUCACACUCAAUAGUGAGAUUGAAGGCAGUAGCUUGAAGACUCCUGAGAAUGAACCUGCCUUAUCCAGUCACAGCAUGUUUUAAGAAUUCAAUAUAUAUAUUAUUUGGUGUCACCUAUUUUCUAGCUGUGUUUGGUUCACUGUCUUUAAGCUUUCUGUACAGUCCCAAAGACACCAUUCAAGAGAGUCUACUGUAUUUGAUUUUAAAAAAAUCAUUUUCUUAAUGAGACUAAUAGUCUUGAAUAAAACUGAAUUUUGAACAAA